AAGAAGAAGAAGAAGGAGACAGAAAUGGAUCGAGAAGGAGGAUCCGACGGAUCUUGUUACUACUCCAUCCUCGGGAUUCGUAAGGACGCCUCCUUCUCCGACAUUCGCACAGCUUAUCGCAAGCUCGCUCUGAAAUGGCACCCGGACCGGUGGGCGAAGAACCCUGGGGUGGCCGGAGAAGCGAACCGCCGGUUUCAGAAUAUUCAAGAGGCCUAUACAGUCUUGUCAGAUGAGAGCAAAAGAUCAAUGUACGACGCUGGGGUCCUCGAUCUGUUUGAUGAUGAUGACGACCAAGGAAUGGGUGAUUUCAUGUAUGAUCUGUUCAAGAUGAUGGACAACAAUAAAGUCACUGGCGAGGUGGAGAGUUUGGAGGACCUACAGAGGAGUUUCAUGGAAACGUUCGGUGCAGAUCUUGCCAACUACUACGAGAGGGAAGAUCCAACGGUUAAGAAGAGGGCACGAGAUGGUGCGUCCAAUGGCAAGGCAGCGAAGCGCAACUCCAGCUGCUCUCGAUGUUGAUCGCCUGCGUCCCAGAGAAUCAUCCCUCCGCAUCUUCUGUUGUUUCAAAAGUAAUUCAAUCAAUCAAUCCCCUUUGCGUGUAACCAUUUUUGUUUUUAAUUUAGGAUUAUUAAAGAAAGGGGAAUUAAAUAUUUACUGGAGGGUAGUCUAGGUAUUUAGAUUUUCCAAUUUUUAGGGCUGGAUUUGGUGGAUUAAAAAGACGAGUAAUGUUAGGAAAUUUAAAUAUUUUAUUAAUAUUUUUAUCAAACGUGCGGAGGAUUAUCAAAUGCGUCAAAUGGAUGUGAAAUUUAUAUAUCAAAGAUUUGAUAAAAAUAAUAAUAAAAUAUUUUGAGCUCUUAGCA